UCUAAAUAAAGAAGUAAAACUCCAGAAGCUGCAGCAGUAUUGCAUUUCUAUCAUGCACACCUUCGUGGUCCUUUAUUUAUGGCAAGGAACCAAUUGCCAAAACGAUACAGUACGGCACAAAACGAAACAACAUAUACACAUAAUAGAAUAAAGCUGGGGUCACCGCCUUGGAACGGUAAAUGCUAAGCACUGGGGGUUUAAACCGGUUAAAGAGUGCUCAACCUUACACUUGGCCCAGCAAUAUUCAUGUAAGCCUUAUCAGAUAUAUUAAAAAACAAAAGGGCAGUUACAUGUUAUUCACGGCAUAGAACGUAGUUAAAAUGAAGAGUAUACAGUCAUUUUCAUAUGUCGUGUUGAUUUUCGUAUGUUGUGUAUUGAGAUUAUAAUGUCAUUAUUAAAUGACUUUCGGAUUUGACUCAAGCCAUACAGAGGAGAUUGCUGUUGUGUAUGAACGUACGCUGUCGCAAGAUGCUUCAGAUACCAAAAAGUAUUUUGAGGAAAAUGUGAGAAUUGAGUUAAAGAAUGAUUACCUUGCAUCGAUCCCCGAAAUGAAACCGGCCGCGAAGCUUGUAGGGCACCACUCAAGCAAACAUACAGGUUCGGAUAAAACACGAGACAAUCCCGGUGCCAUGAAAACUGUGUUGUCGUGGUUUAGCGGCAGAGACUUAGAUUACACGACAGGUUUCAUGAGAUACGGAAUGAGAUACCAGAACGGACGCCUGAUUGUUCCUCUAACGGGCACGUACAACAUCUACUCCUUUCUGUGUUUGACGGAAAACAAUGACUCGCCAGAGAUGCGAACUGAGAAUGAGAAUGCGAACAAUACACUGGUUAGACAUGCAAUGUACAAAUACAACGUCAAACUCGCACGCGAAGUGAAACUUGCGACCUCUGUUCAAACACACCGGCAGUCGACCAACAGAAAUUUCAAUGCGUUCAGUUCUCAAAUUUCGACUUUGGUACAAUUAGAGGCUGGGGACGAAAUUUCUGUUAAAAUCAGCGAUAUUGCACUAACGUUUUAUCCUGGUGAUAAUUUUUUUGGUGUACAUAUGAUAUGAAUACAAGAUCCGCAGACGUCCACUAUGUGGGAUUGCGUGCACGUCGCGUGGAUGCUUUCGACUAAAAUUCCCACACAUCUUUUGAAGAAUCAAUAGUAUCGGGGUUGGUAUUGAUUAUAUAGUUAUUCGUAUGUAAACACGGUGCCAGAACUAUGUUUCAUACAGUCUAUUUCGGAACACUAUUAGGUUAUUGUCGAGACAGUUAAAACAUAUUAAGUGUAUAGAUCAUUUUUCUUGUAGAAGAGAAGAUAUUCACAAGCAAGUUAAUUUGACUAUUUUCAAUUUAUUGUCAAUCCUCAUGUGUACAUAUUCGAUAGAAAAUAUGUAUUUUACUCAAUGUGAUGAUAUCCACAUUUUUUUAUCCCACGGUCUACCUCAUAGCUUGAUCACAGAGCUGUAUGUUUGAAUUGCUAUUACAGCGUUCUAUGCACUCAUACAACGCUGUAUGCUUUCAGACAAAUAACCCGAUUUGUAUAUAAAUUACGUUUAACUUUAUCUGGUAACGUUUUAAUUUUUGUUGGAUGUUGAUUAUUUAAAUAAAUGACUGCAACGUGUUGAAUGCAC